CUGUCAGUGUGCGCGUGUUCUCUGAGGACGGAGAUGUGACGCCUCGACUCUGGACUCUUCCACCUGUGUCUCUGGGAUUGGCGUUCAUUCCUCCGGGCGGAUGAUGGGCGAGGACAGGCGGGGACUUCCCAGGGCCUCGCCGGUCACUCGGGCUGCGGUGCUGCUGUGUGCCGUCUGUUGGGUCUGCGCUGUGGAAGAGACGGUGAUGGAUACAAGGACGGCGACGGCAGAACUUGGCUGGAUAUCAUUUCCCGCGAACGGGUGGGAGGAGGUGAGUGGCUACGACGAGAACCUCAACACCAUCCGGACCUACCAGGUGUGCAAUGUUUUUGAGCCCAGCCAGAACAACUGGCUCCUCACCACGUACAUCGACAGGCGGGCGGCCCAGCGGAUCUACGUGGAGAUCCGCUUCACCGUCCGAGACUGCGCCUCCAUCCCCAGCGUCCUCGGCUCCUGCAAGGAGACGUUCAACCUCUAUUACCUGGAAACGGACCGAACCGUGUCCGAGGGCGUCAAAGGGGUGGAGUACUGGGCUAAUGCCCCAUUUUUGAAGGUGGACACCAUUGCUGCGGACGAGAGCUUCUCUCAGGUGGACUUUGGUGGUCGGCUCAUGAAGGUGAACACAGAGGUCCGAAGUUUCGGCCCCUUGUCCAAAGGCAGGGGCUUCCACUUGGCCUUCCAAGACCUGGGAGCCUGCAUGUCCCUUCUGGCUGUGAGGGUGUUCUACAAGAAAUGCCCCAGCAUCGUGCAGAACUUUGCCUUUUUCCCAGAGACACUGACUGGAGCAGAAUCCACCUCAUUAGUCAUCGCCAGAGGAAGUUGUAUCCCCAAUGCGGAGGAAGUGGACGUGCCAAUAAAGCUCUACUGCAACGGCGAUGGGGAGUGGAUGGUUCCCAUUGGCAGCUGCAGUUGCAAGGCGGGUUACGAACCAGACAACAGCAAUGUGUGUCGAGCUUGUCCACAGGGCACCUUUAAAUCCACCCAAGGAGGCGGAUUAUGUCAACAGUGUCCUCUGAACAGUCGAUCCACCAUAGAGGCUGCGACGGUUUGCAACUGUCGUAAUGGCUACUACAGAGGAGACAUGGACAAGCCUGAGGACGUCUGCACAAGUGUCCCUUCUGCUCCACGGAACCUGGUCUCACUUGUCAACCAGACGUCGCUGCUGCUGGAGUGGCACCCCCCUCGUGACAUAGGUCACCGCGAGGACCUGUCCUAUAAUGUCCUCUGCUACCGCUGCCACAGCAGUGAGCGACGGGCGUGUCAGCCGUGCGAUGACAGCGUGGCCUAUGUGCCAGCGAAGCUGGGCCUGAAGCAGACCGAGGUGGAAAUCAGCAAGCUCCGAGCUCACACGUCGUACACCUUCGACAUACAGGCUGUCAACGGAGUUUCCAACAAAAGCCCUUACCCCGCCCAGCAGCUGUCAAUCAACAUUACCACCAAUCAAGCCGCUCCGUCAGAGGUUCCCAUUAUGCACCAAGUCAGCUCAACGAGCCGCAGCUUCUCGUUGUCAUGGCCACCACCCGAACAGCCCAACGGAAUUAUCCUCGACUACGAGAUUCGCUACUAUGACAAGUCGCUGUCAACGGUGCACAACAGCUCGGUGGUUCAAAGUCAGAUCCCCAACGUGGUUCUGGAAGGUCUCAGACCCGGGACUGGCUACGUGGUUCAGGUGCGGGCCAGAACGGUGGCGGGCUUCGGUGCCUAUAGCAAAGAGAUGCUGUUCCAGACACUGACUGAUGAUGAGUACAAGUCUGAGUUGGGGCAGCAGCUCUCGCUCAUCGCUGGUUCCCUGGUGGGAGGAGUGUGCAUCGUGUCUUUGGUGGCCAUCGCCAUCAUCUGCACCAGGCGUCGACAACUGAAGGAGAGUGUCUACGGCGACAAGCUGCAGCAGUAUAACGGAGGAGAGGUGACGCUCAGACCCGACAUUUUCAGUGGGCCGACACCGACUGUGACCUUUCCCACCCUGUCUGAGGGUCACAGUUCACCAGGGGUCAAGAUUUACAUCGACCCCUUCACCUAUGAGGACCCCAAUGAGGCUGUGCGGGAGUUUGCCAAAGAAAUCGACCCCUCCUGUGUGAAAAUAGAAGAAGUCAUCGGAUCAGGUGAGUUCGGGGAGGUGUACAAAGGGCGGCUGAAGCCCGUGGGGAAGAAGGAAAUCCCCGUCGCCAUCAAGACCCUGAAGGUGGGCUACUCGGAGAGGCAGAGGAGGGACUUCCUGUCCGAGGCGUCCAUCAUGGGUCAGUUUGAUCAGCCCAACAUCAUCCGACUGGAGGGUGUGGUCACCAAGAGCAGGCCCACCAUGAUCAUCACCGAGUUCAUGGAGAACGGCGCUCUGGACUCCUUCCUCAGGCAGAAUGAUGGACAGUUCCCAGUAAUCCAGCUGGUCGGGAUGCUGCGAGGAAUCGCCUCCGGGAUGAGGUACCUGGCGGAGAUGAGUUAUGUUCACCGGGACCUGGCAGCUCGGAACAUCCUGGUCAACAGCAACCUGGUGUGUAAAGUGUCAGACUUCGGCUUGUCACGGUACCUGGAGGAGGACACCUCUGACCCCACCUACACCAGCUCCUUGGGAGGUAAGAUCCCCGUGCGAUGGACAGCUCCGGAGGCGAUUGCCUACAGGAAGUUCACGUCAGCCUCCGACGUUUGGAGUUACGGGAUCGUCACUUGGGAAGUGAUGUCGUACGGAGAGAGGCCGUACUGGGACAUGAGUAACCAGGAUGUCAUCAACGCCAUUGAGCAGGACUUCCGGCUGCCUGCUCCCAUGGACUGCCCGGUGGUGCUGCACCAGCUGAUGCUGGACUGCUGGCAGAAAGACCGGAACGCUCGGCCAAAGUUCCCAGAUAUCGUCAGCAUGUUGGACAAGAUGAUCCGCAAUCCGGCGUCUCUCAAAGCUGGAACCAACAACGUCCCGCAUUGCCCAUCCCAGCAUCCCCUGCUGGACCGAGGCGGGCCGGACCUGAGCAGAGUGAGCUCAGUGGAGGACUGGCUGGCUGCACUCAAGAUGACCCAGUACAGAGACUCAUUCCUGGGCUCCGGAUUCACCUCCCUGCCGCUGGUCACCCAGAUCACCGCUGAGGAUCUGCAGAAGAUGGGGGUGUCCUUGGCCGGACACCAGAAGAAAAUUCUGACCAGCGUUCAGUCCAUGAGGCACCACGUGGACGACCAGUCUCCCACCGAGUCAGUCUAACUGCCUCCACCAGUUUACAGUCUGACACGUCUACACUUGUGGCUCAGAACUAUCACUGUGGUCACGCGAGAGAGGUCCACUGGCAGGACUUCUCUGAUGUCACUUAACUUCCUCAAGUCACGUUAGGUCUGCUUCAACUAGAGAGAGAGAGAGAAAGAGAGACAGUGUCUGCGCAAGACUCUCGCCUGUCCUGAGUGGACCACAAUCACUAAACACCAUUUCUAUCCGCGAAGGAUUUCACUUGGAAAUCCACACUCCACUUUUUACAAGCACACAGAAGAGGAAAAGUGUCGGAUUUGACACCAGCUGAAGGAGUAAAAGGCCUGACGCCACACGAGGGGCUUUUGUGUCACACCACUCCAUGAAAAUGGCGAACGCUUUUUGGAUCCCGAGCAGAGCUGGAAGUCUCUGAGCGUUUAUCUUCACAUUGAAGAGUUUGUACAUAAUACAGUUUGGGAUUUUGGUUUCCUGUCUGCUUUCGCUCUUGGCCUCCAGCCCUGGACUGGUCAUUGUCAACGGGGUAUUAGCUGUGAUGAUCUUGCUCGCGGUGACUCAUCACUGGAUGGCAGCACAAACUCGCUGAGGAAAAAAAAAAAAAAAAAAAAAAAGGGUUUUCAUACAUUUUGGUACUUUGUGUGCAGAAACUUUUCUUCCGAGCAACUCCUGUCCUACUUGUGUAAUUUAUUCAGAGGGAUGCUGGAUGAUGUUCUACAAUCAUGGAGUCUGAAAAGAGAAGUGACUUUGGUGUAAGGAAGCUUUUCUCGAGGCUGGGAUCAAUAGAGUGUGAUGGCUCUGCUGUGGACAGACAAUCUUUCACAGACGGAAACGUGGUGUGUUCGGCUGGCAAAGCCGCCUCUCGACCCAGGUCACGGUCCCCUCAGAGGUUCCUCUCUGUGACUCCCCGCGCUGACUGGUUAACGCCGGUGCAAGCUUCAGGCGGAACACAACGGGAUCUGGACCCAAACGUGCUGCUGAUGUAAAGGUAACAUCCGCUCUGCUAACAGGUCCUGUGACAUUCAGACAGACGUGAGAAAUUCUCUUAUUUAGUCCUUCACACUGGGCUCCCUGCCGCAGAGUCAUUUUAGCAUCCUGAACUAUAUUACUUUCUUUAUUGCCGGUGCCCGUCAUUGGGCUUACGUUACGUAAAGAUCCAGAUCCGGACGGAUCCUUCUGUCCGUGUUCUGUGUUUAUAUAGUCCAUAUUUAUGCACGUUUCCACAAAGCUUGCGGAUACGGACCAAACGGAGCAGUACCGCUGGAAACCAUGGGGGGCAGUGUUGCUGUUACUACCUGAUACACAGCUCUCAUGAGACAUGAAGAAGACAUAAUGGUGGAAAUUCUCCGUCCUCCAGUGGCGAUAUAUGUAACAGCCUCACCGACCACCACCUGUGAGUCUGUGGUUUGGAUCUGAAUUCUGCUUUAAGUACCACUUUCUGCUCAUGGAAGUCUUUCCGAGCCAUUUUCCAUAGACUUCCGUGGCUACAUGCUGACAGUUUAGCAGGCAGAAGAAGCGAGGCUACAUUAUUUUGGGGUCGGAAAUUUGCCAAAUUUGAAGCUGAAGUCACAUUUUUAUUGAUUCCAAGUUUGACUUUUAGAGUCAAAGCCAGCGCUUCUGAAAUAGCAGGGCAUGACCCCCAGGGGGCGUGGAGACGAUCCCUGUGCACGUGUGGGGGAUGUUUUUUUGUUUUGUGUUUUUGGCUGGAUGCACAUGGUCCGAUUGGUUUAUGGAAAAGUUGUGCGUGUUCACGUCAGGGUUUUGUGAUAGUGGAAAUACAUUGACCAUAUCCGCGGCGUGUUAGCGACAGGAGCCGAGACUGAGGCAGCUAAGCAGCCUGUUACAGCAGACCUUCAUAUAUAUGGAGAGAGAUUUUAAUCAAUUUCUUUCACUCGGCAGGGGUGUCGCAGACAAUAUCGCACUGGUCUAGACUAGCAUGCACUUUUGUGGAACUCUAAAUUUUGAGGCUAAAUUCCACCCUGCCGCUUUCAAACCUUUCAACAAAAGCAAACGUCUUGCCGCCUGAAGGCUGACGUUUUCUGAGUGUUUUGUUUUCCGGAGUUGGAAGUGGGUCUACAAGCCUUUUACCACAUCUGAAAAAUAAGUCUGAAUAUUUGUCUCACUUCGACAGAUGAAACAUCCUCCAACCUAUUUUUCUUCCAAAUGAUUUUACUGUGGCGUCAUGCAAUGAUUUUAGCUUGAAAAUGUGCCCGCCGUUUCCAGUAAUCUUGCUAAGGUGCACUUUUACGUCCUGGGCUCAGAACGGUUGUAAGUUUCUUCCGGCGAUAGAGGAAAAUGUUGAUACCGUGUAUUGUCUUGAAGGCUUAAAGAAGUGGCCUGGCUUCAGCUGUGCAGCUCCUGUAUACUGCCUCAGCGCUACAAAAACGACUAUUAUUAUUAUUUAUUCAAUGAAGAACAGCUCUUUCUCUUUCUGUUGAAGACAGGGCUCCUCGUGCAACGGAAUCCUAGCUUCUCAUUUCUGGUACAAUUGGACUGUUUUAUGUGUGUGAGUGGCUGGACCGCUGAAUGGGCACGUUCUCCUGUGCUUUGUUAAAAAUCUAAACCGAAUUUGGCUUGGUGCAGCUACUGUGAGCGCCCCCUAUUGGCCACUGCCUUCCUAUCAAUGAUUCUCAUGAUUCUGUUUGAAAAGCACCACAAACAGUUUGUCCUCAUUCACACAGCGUGGUGUUUUUGCAGUGAAAAAGCCUGUAAACCUGUAAUAUCUGACCAAUCAUUUCAGUCUUUUGGCUUCGGAAAUAUCCAAAUAUUGUCUCAGACUACUGGUUUAUUCAUUCAAUUUUACUGCUUUAUGUGUGCAAUGAGCUCAGUCAUCCUCCAGAGACGUGGACGAGAGCCAGUGCUUCACUCGACUCAGGCCAGUUUGGUUGCGUUGUAGAGGUCAGUGGCCCUGCUGAGAUCCCUGAGGGGCCACCAUGAGCUGGAGACUGCACAGCAGAUGGAGGGGUUUCUCCGCUACCCUCACACCCACAGUCAAAGGUCUGCCAACUCCCUUGCAACCAGCCUCCCUCUCUUUGCAAGAUUCCCACCCCACCAAGCUGACAAGACGCUCCGAUCUGUCAACUCCCUCUUCUUACACCUGACCUUGCCGUGAACCCGUCCCUCAUUCCUCCAUCUUUGAUUUGACAUUGUUUUGAGGCUCAAACGCUUUCUCACUUCCUGUGUGGAGCCAACGGAGACCGAAACAACAACAAGAACACAGUAUUCCAAAGCUCCUCUGAUGUCUCUCACAUCAGGAGGGUGGAAUACUCAGGGCGGAGAUGAAGAGAGGCUGAAAAAAGGGAAUAGAUGAGAAGACGCUAAAGAGAGAGCGCCGUGACUUGAGGGGCGGAGGACUGGAAUAAAAAUGAGUCUGGGUGUGGCAAGAUUCGUCUUUUCUUCUCCCGAUGCCCCAAACCUUCCAGAGCGCAUUUGUCUCAGUUGUUUUCCCCCUGAAUUUCGGACUUGCGUCACCUCAAAAGGAUGUUUCUUACACACAGACGCCCGGCAGCAGAGUGGAGCUUUCUCACUCGACACUUUCUCCAGCAGGGUGGAUGAAACCCCCUUUUCUUUGAAUCUGUACAUUUAUUUGUCUUUGAAAAUCUGCUGCCGUCACCUGCUCCCUGUGUAAUAUACACUGUAUUGAAAUGCACAUUUGCACACACAUGCACUUGUUUGUGUGUGUAGUGAAACGUGAGUGUGUGUGUGUGUUGUUCCGUGUGCAGUAACAUGUUUGUACCUGCUGUGAGUUUGUAGCUGUUGAACUUUCUGAAUCCUACAUUUACAAAACACAACCUUUGUCAAUAAAGAAGACGAAACAAG